CUUCCUUUCGAGGUCCAUGUUGAAACCGUAAACACAUGGGCGAAUAACACAAGAAUUAUUUACACAAAAUGCGUAUCGAAAAGUGUUAUUUUUGCUCCGGACCGAUCUACCCCGGGCAUGGGAUGAUGUUUGUUCGCAAUGACUGCAAGGUAUUUAGAUUUUGCAGAUCGAAAUGUCACAAGAACUUCAAGAAGAAGCGCAAUCCAAGAAAGACCAGAUGGACCAAAGCUUUCAGAAAAGCUGCUGGCAAAGAACUGACAGUGGAUAACUCGCUGGAGUUUGAAAAGCGCAGAAAUAUUCCUGUCAAAUACCAGAGAGAGUUAUGGAACAAGACAGUGCAGGCCAUGAAGAAGGUCGAGGCCAUCAAACAGAAGCGACAGGCUCGUUUUAUCAUGAACAGACUGAAGAAGGGCAAAGAGCUGGAGAAGGCAGAAGCUAUCAACGAAGUCAAGAAAAACAUCCACCUCAUCAGAGCAUCGCAUGCAGGAAAAACCAAACAGCUGGAAGACAAAAUGGUGCAGAAACUGGCAGAAGACGUGGAAAUGGCUGAUUAAGCAUUUUCUGGCCUGAGCUACGGUCGAAUGAGACUCUUAAAGAAAACACAUAUUGUUUGUAGGUUACAGGCCUUAAAAAAAUAAUACUCUGAAGAGAGAUUAUGCAUAAUCUGUAACUGUCCAUUCGUUCUCCUAAAGCCACUUGAAUGUGAUGUUCAUGGGAAUCUGAGCAAGCUGAAACCCUGAAUCUUAUUUGUUGACUGGUUUAGGUUUGAAUUUUGUCCAAGUUAACACGUAAAUGGCAGCCAGAGAACAGAAUUAGAUUUAAAGUUAAGCUGAGUGGCAGUUUUAACCCCAAUUUACUGACAGCUAUGUCAGUAAAUUGGUGUAGUUAAAGUAUCUCUAAAACUCACCUUCCUGCUUCUUGUUUUAUUUAUCAUUGCAGUGAUCAUUUUUAUCAUUCUUCCUUUUGACAACAACACAUUUAAACAGCAUAACAUUUGUAAUAAAAAUACAACAAUAAA